UUUUUGGUCUUUAUUAAAUGUGUGUGUAAAAUUUUUAUCUGCCUGAUUGAUCUUGUUAUCUUCUAUUUUUUUUCCUGUAUAUUUUUGCUGCUACUUUUGUGAUUCUAGAUUAGUUCUGUAGCUUUGUCUUCCUUGUGUAGGUUUCAUGUAUUUUAUCCAUUUCGGCCUAUCCCCUUUAAGUCUUCGCCUGGUUUUUCAAGUUAAAGCUUUGCGAUGUCUAAUUUUAUCUCAUAUAAAUGUAUAAUAAAGGCCUCUUUGCAAUUCUGGAGUUAAUGUACAACAAUUUUAACCAAUUCCCUCCUUCCCCCCACCCCCUUCUUCCGAUGGGUUGGACUGGAGGUAAGCUAAUAAGAAUGCCGCCAAAAGAUGAAAUCAUAAAAGGGAAUUAAAUUUCUAAUUCUUUCCAAAAAGGAAAGGUCAAUUGGUACUGCUGAUUUGGUGUCCAGUUGCAUUAGAUAAGCUUGUGACAGCAAUUGGCCUGCUGGGAACACGAUGAUGUAUUGAGGUAAUAGAGACAUUGAUCAAUUAUCUUUCAUCAUUCAAAUUUGCUUCCAUGGGCCAUGAGAAGAUGUAAAAUUGAUACUUAUCUGUCCUGACAAAAAAGAAACUUCUGCCACAUGGAGAAGCAACAGAUUGAGAAGUUGGAGAGGGAAAGUAUUGAGAAGUUGGCGAAGGAAAGUAUUCAGAAGUUGGAGAGGGAACAGGCUGGGAAGUUUCAGAGGUAUGCAGUUGAGGGCAGAAGAUAUUUAAUGUCCAAGUACUUCUCAGACAAGACUAUAUUUGGAGGAAACAUAUUUGAAGAAAAAAUGACCAAAGAUGGAGAAACCACAAAAAUGAGCAGGUUUCCUGGUUACCAGUCCUAUGCAGACCCUGCUAAUUUUGGUGACGGUAGCAGUAGCAAGUCAAUUUCUACAGGUGUCAAAAAGACUAAAGAUGGAGAAACCACAAAAGUGAGCAGGUUUCCUGGCUACCAGUCUCAUGCAGACCCCGCUAAUUCUGAUGAUGAUAGCAGCAGCGAGUCAAUGUCCUUUUAAGCACAUUACCUAGUAUAUGGGACAAUGUUGUCUUCUAAUUGAAUUCAGUAAGAGGAUCCAAGCAAUCCAACAAACAUUUGAAAUUAUGAAAGUCAUUCAAAAGUUUAGGGAUUUUAAGUUCAUGCUUCAUCCUGAAGCUUUGAUCAGUUUAUUGAACAGUUAUUUUUGGCCAGAAUCAAUAGUCCAUCAACUACUCCAUUUUGUGCCGACGUAUUAGUCAUUACUUA